CGCACACGACGCACAGCACAGGUUCAGUGUCUUAUCAGGUGUCUCCGGUGUGAGCUGUAUCGCCCGUUCACAUCCGCCAUCCGGUGUGCCGUGUCGACGUGCAAUCGUUAUAUUUUCAUUUAAGUAUAAUAAUAAUAGUAGUAUAAUAGAUAUUUCCCAAGUACUUGCACGUCUUGUAAGGUUUUUUGAUUUUAUUUUGAAAAAUAAAUGAGUGUGGCCCGUCGUAGAUAACAAUUGUGUCGAACGUUACAAUUAUCAACAUGCCGGUCAAAGUAAAAUGGAAAACCGUAUGCGCGGCUCUUUUGGUGUUGGCCGUCGAACUGACCGCAGGCAUUUUCGUCCAAAGGCAUUGCAAUCACUUGCACCCCAGACCCGACGAGGUCAUCCACGGAGUGCACAUCGAACCGGCGCACAUAAUGAGAAAGAGAAGCGUCAAUCAGCCUCUCCGCAUUCUUCUCUACUACGACGAGAGCGUGUACAGACUUACUGAAGAAAAGUUCCAGCUGAUAAACAAUACAAUUUUGCCGGAAGCUGUGCGGUUUUGGGAACAGGCGCUGAUGGUACGAAAAACCGAAAAUGUCAUUCGCUUAAACAGGAAAUGUGUUAACAACCAAGUGUUUUACCGGAAAGGCGAUCCGCAUCCUUAUUGCAAAAAUGCAUGCGAGGAUCGGACGAUGUGCGGCGAAGUUCAAGUCCCCGAAGAACACUUGGAGGCCUGCAAGACUUGCAACGCGUCCGGUAUGGACUGCGGAACGGGCACUUCCCAGUCGGGCGUGGGCAUCGAAGGGGCCGACUUUGUGUUCUACGUGAGCGCCAUGGAGACGGAAAGGUGUCACAAAGGACUGACGGUCGCCUACGCUGCCCACUGUCAACAGGAGUCGUCGCUGGACCGUCCCAUUGCCGGCCACGCUAACCUCUGUCCCGAAAGCAUUAGCACAAAGCCGCAGGAACUGGAAGUGCUCCUGUCCACGGUCAAGCACGAGAUAUUGCACGCCCUCGGAUUUUCCGUUAGCCUGUUCGCGUUCUACCGCGACGCCAACGGUUUCCCGCUCACGCCCAGAGAAGACAACGGCAAGCCCAGACUCAACGAAAAACUUCAAGCAAGACAGUGGAGCGACAAAGUAAUCAAGACGGUAGUGAGGCGCAACUGGACCGUGCAUGGCGGUGUGGUUGACAAAGAAGUGCAAAUGAUGGUCACGCCAAGAGUGGUAGAAGAAGUAAGAAGACACUUCAACUGUUCGUACUUGGAAGGUGCCGAGUUGGAAGACCAAGGAGAAGACGGCACCGCGUUGACUCAUUGGGAAAAAAGAAUAUUCGAGAACGAAGCCAUGACCGGAACUCACACCCAGAAUCCGGUGUACUCGCGACUGACCCUGGCGCUGAUGGAGGACACCGGCUGGUACAGAGCCAACUACUCGCUGGCUCAGGACCUGAGUUGGGGCAAGAACUUAGGUUGUGACUUUGUGACGAAAAGCUGCAAACAUUGGAUGGACAUGAAACGCGCCAAAGGACAGUCCAUUCAUCCGUUUUGCAACAAAGUGAAGAGAGACCCUCUGGAGACCGAGUGCACCGACGACCGGAGCUCGGUUGCCCUUUGCAAUCUAGUCGAACACGUGCAGCCGUUACCGAAUUUCUACCAGAAUUUCGACUCCAUACCACACGUUACUCCGGGCCGGGAAGCGUAUUACGGCGGUUCAGUUAGUUUGGCCGACUAUUGUCCGUACAUACAAGAGUUCAUUUGGCGGUCCAAGAGCGUCGUCAUCAGGGGCUCUCAUUGUCAGUAUCCAGAAAACAACCCUCACCCCGACAAAAACUUUGCGUUGGAAGUGUACGGUGACAACUCCAAGUGCUUUGACCACACCAACCAGAUGUGGGAGGAACAGACGUGUAAACAGGUCAGACAAUGGCAACACUGGGGCUCGGGUUGUUACGAAUAUACCUGUCAAAACGGAAGACUUCACAUAGUCGUGUCCAACCACACGUUCACUUGCUACUUUCCCGGGCAGGAGCUCACCGUGCGGUUGGUGGCCAACGGUUGGCUGCACAAAGGCGUGAUCGUGUGUCCGGCUUGCGAAGAAUUGUGCGACGAGACCAGGUUCACCGUGCCGGGCGACAGGUGCAAGCCACCGUCCGACGUGCCGCUGACCGUCUCGUACCACCGCGACCAGUUGGCUUGCGGCGGCGCGGCCGUCGUGCGUGCCACCGCGCUCACCGUCGUCGCCCUGGCCUCCGCUGUCGCAAUGCUUCUUCCGCUGAUCUCCACCACGGUUACCACGUGAACUCCAGUAUAGCGUCUCUCUAAUAAUUAUUGUUUUAUUUUUAUUGUUAUUAUUGUACCUAUUGUGUAUGUUUUGUUAUGUAACUAAUUACAAUUCGUCCCACGUCGAGUUCAGUUGCUCCUGCUGAGUGUGUAGUGUGUAUGUGGCAUUCCCGUCCGUUCCGUUCUCGGGCUGAACGGAAGCGCCGGGUCCGGACGGGGGGAGGGGGAGGAGCACCUCCCCUCCUCUUUUUGCAAAGCGCGUAAACGUGCCCCUGUGUAUUUUUAGAUAUGAUUUUCCAAACGAUGAUUUUCCUCCGCCAAGUGUGUUAGUAGUCAAAAUAAAAAUGCUUAAAAAUUGGUUUGUCACAGGCCGCGUCCGGCUGGUAAUUUUUCAAACAGUAAAUCAUUUUUUUUUUUAUUGAAAAAAAAAAUUAACCCUAAGAACGAGACCUCUGGUCGAAAAAUAAAACUCAUUGACAAUCAUAAUAAUUGUACAAUUUUUUUUUUUUUUUAAUUAAACCGACAAAUCAUUGAUAAUAAAUAUUAUAUUAUGUGCUGUAAAGUUGAACAAUUCGGUUUGUCAACAAUUGACGAUUGUGUUAAAUAAUUCGAGAAAAAACGCAUUAAUCAUUAAUUUGUACAGUUUAUAAAAUUAUAAAAAAAAAACCACCCGAUUGUCUACAAUUAGUUAAAAAGUCCAAUCGAUGUCGCGAGCAUGCUUUUGGUAAUUUCAGUCUUUCCAAGAUUUUUUUCAAAUUACUUAAUCGACACGCUUCAUGAUUGUUUUAUUACAUUUGACGAUACUUAUUGUAUUAUUACUUUGGCGCCCCCGCAUAUUAUAUUUUCUGUGAUAGCUUAACGAUUCCAUUAGAAACCAUUUUUUUUUUUUUUUACUUGCUCAUUAUGUUUACAUAAUUUAUGUCUUGUAAAUUAUCGAGUGAUAAAUUUAGUAAAUAUAGUAUAUUAUCAUACGAUAAUUAUUUAAUCUUAAUAACAAUAUAUUAUUCGUCACUAGCGUUUAGAUAAUUUUAUAUAACUGUAUAUUUUAUUGUAUACUUUUGUGUGUGUAUUUGUGGUUUGAGUAUUAGAGCGUUAAUCGAGGGCAGUGCACAAUAUUGGGUUGUUGUUUGUUUUUUAAUAUUUACACCCAAAUCGCGACCAUUGCAUUUUUCGACCAUCCGAUUUCAUUAGAUUUUUAUUACAAAACUAUUAUUAUUGUAACCUUAAAUUUUUCCUAUUAAUAAACAAAAUUUGGAACCAAAAACUUUAUGCGGAUGUAUUCCGUUUGUUGUGUAACGUCGGUUUUGCGGUGUUUCGGAAUUAAAAAAAAAAAACACCAGCUAAUCGAGUUAAGCUUGUAAACAUUUUUUCUGUUUUUUAUCUUUGCGCGUUAUGCGCUAUUUGUCUAAUUAAACAUUCCAGGCAAAUUACGCCCAAGGCAACGGUUAUAAAACAAAAACCAUCAACUCGAAAAUUUAUUCCGUUUUAAGACAAAAUAAAUGCAUUUUUUCGCUUUAUAUUGUAAUAUAAUAUAAUUUAUAAUACUUGAAACAACUAUAGUUUAUGUAUUAUUACUAUCGUUUUGUAUACAGUUACCCGUAGAAAACAUUAUAUAACAUUAUAUUUUGAUGUAUUAUCCAUAUUAAGUAGAAUAUUGUAAGAUUAUUUUGUAUUUAAUUGUUUUUUUUUUCUUAUUUUAUUAGUUGCGAAUCUCGUGUUAUAUACUAUAAUAUUAUAUGUGCACUUUUAAAAUAUUCGUAUAAUAUUAAUUAUUAUUAUAUGCUUUGUCUUUGUAUUGUCACAGUGUACUUAAGCAAAAGUUUUUACGCUUUUAGUACAUACAUACUUUUAUAUUCUUAUCUUACACUAUAUAAAAAUACUUUAAGUUUAUACUCAUUUUUCUUCCCUCUCUUUUUCUCUCUCUCUCUACACUACUUAUAU